AUGUUGACUACUACGAUCACUCCUUUGCACCAACAAACUCCUUCCAAGCAAGUUAGCCCUGGCUUCAAGUCCAAUCCCAGAAGAACAAGAAACCCCAAGACAGCUCUCGCUGCCAUGGACGAAGACGACAAGGAUGAAAUUCUGAGUUCCAGUGCUCCCAGCCACUUUUAUUGUCCACUGACUCUGCAAGUCAUGGAGAAUCCUGUCCGAAACAAGAAAACAGGUCACCACUUUGAAAAGGGUAUAAUUCUGGAGUGGCUGUUCGUUCAUGGCAAUGCCACUUGUCCUCUGACGCGUAAAGCACUGCAUCCAUCGGAUUUGGAAGAUGAUGAAGUCCUCCAAGUGGAGAUUGCACAAUGGAAAGAAAUGGAAGAGAUGGAGAUGCGACUGGCCGGUAUCCUGUCCCCAGAGUCCUCUUGGGGGUGCUAUUAA